AUCGUGGGCGUGCCUCAACGGCAGAGCUGAAAUGAACGGUCAUCAGCGCAAUCCUCUCAGGGCUCGCCAUGUGAUAUCACCAGGCCUGCCAGGCUAGUUGACAGGAACAAGAAAAACCGCUCUGUCCUGUCUGGAUCGAGUGGCAGUUAUCGUCUAUGACCUGACAAGAUUAUUUUGGAUUACCCCCCUACCCCAAGGAUUAAUUCACUCUGUCUUUCUAAAUGGAGAUGACUGAGCGGUUGAACUGAUGAAUGGGACGAGCCAUUCCUGAAUCAAGAGCCAGAGGAGGCCGGGCUGGUCUGAUGACGAGCAUGACUUUGAGCCAAUCCACAGAUGCAUGCACGCGCACAGAAUCCACCCAAGCACCAAGUCCCCUUCUUCCUGACUUUUGAAUCUGCGUGUCAGAGGGUUGGUGGUCUUGGGGCUUAGUUAGACCCUGCCCCUCCAUGCCCACCCUCUAAGUUGACCCUGGCACCCUUGAAAUGGAUCAGGGCGCUAGCGAGCAACCUGCCGCGGAGGAGCCAGACUCUGGGGCACGAGCCGAGUCGGGAGUGCGCCGGAGGGCCUCCGCGCCAGAGCACAACCUGUCCAAAAUUACUCUCAAUGCCCUGGAGAACAUGGGCGCGCUCGGCCAAGGCCUGAAGCAGCUCUUUCAAACCCAGCGCCGGCGCUCAUCUGUCGUGCCACAAGACCUCUCCUCCUCCUCUGCGAGCCCUGCACCUGAGGCCGCAGAGGCGGGGUCAGAGUCAGGGGAAGCCUCCGCACCUAACAUCAUGUCUCCUGACUCUGACCUCCCACCCACUUCCACCCCCCCCGCAGCUCUGAGCCGUGUGCUGCAGCAGAUCCGAGGUGCUCCCCCCAUGAUGAAGCGAGGGACCAGCCUGCAGAGUCGCCGCAGCAAGACUGGGGGGGGAGGGGAGCCCCCCCAGAAGGGCAGCCCCCAGAUCCAUCGGCGCAGUACACAGGAGGCUUUGAUGCAGGCUGGACGCCCGCGGUCCUCAUCCACCACGGACACUCCCAGCAGCCCUGCCUUGGUCGACAUGCUCCUGACCUCCGGCUACCACUCCACUGAGGAAUCAGAUCGAGGGGAUCGGCUCGAGGUGUCUGGCUUGGCCGCGUCCCCCAACGCUCUAUCCGGCAGCUCAGACGGCGGCGGUGCAUACGGCGUAGACUCAGUGGACAGCGUUCCUGACCCGCAGCGAACCAAACAUGCUAUUUCACAGCUGCAGCAGAAGAUUCUGAAGCUCACGGAGCAGAUCAAGAUCGAGCAGACGGCACGCGAUGACAACGUAGCUGAGUACCUGAAGCUGGCCAACAAUGCUGACAAGCAGCAGAGCACACGCAUCAAGCAAGUGUUUGAGAAGAAAAAUCAGAAGUCGGCACAGUCCAUCCAGCAGUUGCAGAGGAAGCUGGAGCAUUAUCACCGCAAGCUGAGGGAGGUCGAGCACAACGGCAUCCCACGUCAGCCCAAAGACGUGCUCCGUGACAUGCACCAAGGACUGAAGGACGUCGGUGCAAAGGUGACCGGAGGCCUCUCCAGUAUCUCCCAGGCCACUCACUCAGCUGCAGGCGCCGUUGUCUCCAAACCGCGUGAAUUCGCUUCGCUCAUCCGCAACAAAUUCGGCAGUGCAGACAACAUCUCGUCCCUGAAAGACUCUUUGGACGAGACACAAGGUGACGAGCCUGUGCCAGGUGUUGUACCAAGUGCCGGGACCUCAGUCGCUAGAGCCAUAGCACCUGGCCAGUUGCAGUCAAGCCCUAAGUAUGGCAGCGAGGAUGACUGCUCGAGUGCCACAUCAGGCUCAGCAGGGGCGAACAGCACCACUGGAGCCCCUGGAGGACCCCCGAGCUCGAAGGGCAACACGCUGGAGCAAGGCCAGGCAUCAGGCCUCGACGCCUUGUUUCAUGAAAUCCAGGAGUUGCGUGAGAAUCAGGGCCGGCUGGAGGAGUCAUUCGAGAAUCUGAAGGGUCACUAUCAGAGGGAUUAUACAGUAAUCAUGCAAGCCUUACAGGAGGAGAGAUACAGAUGUGAACGUCUAGAGGAACAACUGAACGAUCUCACAGAGCUGCAUCAGAAUGAAAUUCUCAACCUGAAGCAGGAGUUGGCCAGCAUGGAAGAAAAAAUCGCAUACCAGUCUUAUGAACGGGCCAGAGACAUACAGGAGGCACUGGAGGCCUGCCAGACCCGCAUCUCAAAAAUGGAAUUGCAGCAGCAGCAGCAGCAGGUGGUGCAGUUGGAGGGGUUGGAGAAUGCCACGGCACGCACCUUGCUCGGCAAGCUCAUCAACGUCCUGCUGGCAGUCAUGGCUGUCCUCCUGGUGUUCGUGUCGACGGUGGCAAACUGUGUGGUCCCACUUAUGAAGACGCGCAGCCGCACGCUUUCCACGCUACUCCUCGUCGUCGUCCUGGUCUUCCUCUGGAGGAACUGGGAGGCCAUGUCGCAGUACCUGGACCGCUUCUUGCUGCAAUCUAGAUGACCUGCACGGGAAGGUAUAUCGGCUUUAAGGGAAAGAGAGGGCAGGGCCUGACGACGGGCCUGGAGACAAGCGCACUGCCUCAGCCGCUAUGCGCUCCAGACCAAGGAGCUCAGCUGGGACAGAUGUCGAGAAAUCUCGUAGAUGAUUUUGAUGCUUUGUUCCUUGCCCAAGGAGUGAAUUUGUUUACAUUUUGAUGAAGUUUUUUUUUUUCUGUCUACUGGAAAAAAAUAAUGCAGAGGUUUUUUUUUUUUUUCUUUCUUUCUUUUUCUUUGGUGUUGAAAGUGAUGCAAGUUGUGUUGCUUGAUGUCCUUGUAUAAUUAUAGUAAGAGUAUAAAAUUUAUGCAAAUAACCAGGAUCUGGUUUUGCGGCACUGAAAUAACACUGGAGUGUAUCGAGUUUAAACAGGAUAACGUUCUCUUCAUCAGCAUAGCCUUCAUCGCUAUCAUCGCUCAGCUUGUUACCCUUUCUAAUGCAUUCAGUCUGCUGUUACUCUUUUCCUCCAUAAAACUUUCUUUCACUCUCUCUCUCUUUCUCUUUAUAUGCACAUCUGUCUUUCUUGAAAUCUCUUUCCCCUCCUGCGCUGUUCCACCUUUUUAUGACCCAUUGCUGCUGACAGGACUUCCACAAAAUCAUCACUGGAAGAAAUGGGUUCAGCUUGUGCAAAUGAGCUUUGUUUAAUUAGCUGGGCUGUAUUGGACCGGGCCACGGAACGGGAGAGUUUUUGGCCUUUUAAAGACCCGUGCUGCCCUGCCUUUGCUUCUCUAGCUCUGCCCAUCAUGCCCCCUGUUGGCCUGCUCUGAUGGUGGCACUGCCUCCAACCCAUGAACAGAAUGAACAUACUUGAAGAGCUAGAAAGGCUCAAAGACUAUCAGUGCUUCCGUACUGUUUCUUAUAGCGACAAUGAAAUAGUCCUUUUUAGUUUUUAUUUUUUAAAAUUAAAUGAAUAAACGGGCUGUUUUAAA